AUUGGUGGCUUCCGCAGUUUUGCUGCUUCUCAUUGAGUAGAUUCGGACUUCGGAGAAAAGAGAAAAAAGAGAAUCCAUUUCUCUUGUCUAUCUUUGGUCUUCACCCUCUAUCAUCUCUUACUGCCAGCGACACAGCAAAGAGGCCGUAACAGCGAGAACAGCAACAUCGGCAGCGACUAGCUUUCUCUUUUUUAUAUUAAAAGCUUGAGACUGCGCUUUCCUUGAUUUUGGUGCUUCCGAAGAGAUAUAGAGAUCUAUAGCUCUCUUUUCUUUCGCCUUCUUUUCCUUUUUCCUGUUUCUUCCAAUCUGCUUUUCUGUUUCGGUAAUUACAGAAAAAAAAACACUCCCCGCUCUGGUGAGAGGAGAUCUGAGAUUUCUGUUGUCGCUCUACUAGUUGCUGAUUCCGUCUCUUUAUCUCAAUUGAUGUAUAACACUGUAAAUAGGAUUUGUGGGGCUGUGUCAAUGGCAAAGAGGCGGAAAUGGGGAGGAUUUUUGGUUGAAGUUGGAACAGUUGGUUUCGGUAGUAAUUCCCGUUAGUUGCUUGCUCUGGUGUUGGAUCCGUCUGAAGCAGCCGAAAUCUGAAUUUGUUGAAGUUUUCUUUUUGAGUUUCGCGGGGAGUUUCGCGGUUGUUGUUGAUGGAAAAAUGAAGAAUAAAUAAAGAAGCGGGAGUGGUGUUGGAAUUGGAAUUUCAAUUGUUGGUGCUGCUUUUUUUCUUUACUGAUCUAGGGUUUUGCUGUUGCUUCUCUUUUGCUUUUUUAGUUUCUACUUAGAAGAUUUUGAUUCGAUCUGCUCGAGACUUAAAAAGGUAGAAAGGACUGGUUGGACUGAGCUGUGUGUGUGGAGAUUCCGAAAUUUCUACCCAGCGGUGGAAGAUGAUGUUUGGUGGCUCUCAAGCAUUACCAAAGGACAUGAAUCUUUUGUUUCCUUCGAGCUUCAAAUAUCCAGAAGAACUGCAGUCUAGGAGCAGAGAGGCCAUGGAUUCAGAUCUCCAUCUUCAACAGCAACAGCAGCAGCAGAGGCAGCAGCUGAGCUCAGGUCUUAUGCGGUAUCGCUCUGCUCCAAGCUCAUUCUUUGCGAAUUUCAUCGACGGUAGUGGCAGUGGCGUCGAAGAAGGAUGUGAAGGUUUCCUCCAUCAUCGACCUUCAAGCCCGGAGGCAGAAAGCAUGUUUGCGAGAUUCAUGUCUUCUGGAAGAGGAGGAGGCGGUGGCAGUGGUGGUGAACCUGCUCUUCCUGAUCCCCGGGAGAUCGGGGAGAGACCUUCAGCAGUAGCUCCUUCCUGCGCAGCUGUUAACCAGAGGAAUUCUCAGUUCAUGGCGCCAAUGGAACGUGAGGGCGAGGUUGUUUCGCAGCAGAAUGGGUAUCCCUCUGAUUCUCAGAUGAUGUACCAGUCUCAGACCCCGCCACCUGUGCCUAAUCACAGUUCAGCCCCCACUGCGCCCACUGUGGACAACUCGUAUAGGGUUGUGAAUUCUAUGACGAUUGAUCGCCCUCCGCAGGUUAAGUCAGAUGGCGGUCCUUCCAAUCUUAUCAGGCAUAGCAGCUCCCCUGCUGGGCUUUUUGCCAACUUAACUGUCGAAAACGGCUUUGCUGUAAUGGGGGGCAUGGGGAAUUUCCGAGCCGGGAAUGGAUGUAAUGGAGAAACAUCUCCAGCGACUGGUAGGUUGAAGGGUCAGAUAAGCUUCUCAUCCGGGACCCAUUCUUCCUCGGGGCCAAUGCCUCAGAUUGCUGAGGAGGGUAUUGGGGGAAGUAGCUCUGAUGAUGGUAGCUUUGGAAACAGUAAUGCUGGCAACCGAGGUUACAUCCCAGGCUUUCCAAUUGGUUCUUGGGACGACUCUGCACUUGUUUCUGAGAAUUUAACGGGACUAAAAAGACUCAGAGAUAUCAAUGGUGGCAAUCAGAAUGGAGAAGCUGUCCACCGCCCUCCUAUGCUGGCCCACCAUUUUAGUUUGCCAAAAACUUCAACCGAGAUGGCUGCCCUAGAAAAGUUUCUGCAAUUCCAAGACUCUGUUCCUUGUAAAGUCAGAGCCAAAAGGGGCUGUGCGACUCAUCCAAGAAGCAUAGCAGAGAGGGUAAGAAGAACCCGAAUUAGUGAAAGAAUGAGAAAACUACAAGAGCUGGUCCCUAACAUGGACAAACAAACUAAUACAGCUGAUAUGUUAGACCUGUCAGUUGAAUACAUUAAAGAUCUCCAGAAACAGGUCAAGACACUCACUGAUAAACGGGCAAACUGUACCUGUUCUUCCAAGCAGAAGCCGUACACGAACCCCACAGUGUGACUUGCUUGUAUACAGAAAAGAAACAAAUGGGAAAAAAUAUCAAGUGCAAAGCUGACUUGUGUUUUUGAGCACUGAAGAACCAAACAACAAAAUGAGAGGUUUUCGAUGUGGUUGUGGAGCAGAAAAGCUGCCAGAAUCUUCACUUCAAGACCAGAUCCAGUAGGUUAACAAAGCGCCGUAAAAAGAGGGAGAAAAAAAUAUAAAAAAAUGUAUAGUAUAUGCUCAACUUAUACCUUGUAUGUAAAAUUACCAGUCUAGUUGAAGAAUGAAGAUAUCUACCACUCAAAAAUUUCUUCUGCUCUCAUAAUUCAGUUGAGAGAGAGAGAGAGAGGAACUUAAAUCUCCCAAUCUAAAUAAUGGAAUGUUUUUUUUUUUAUAUUUUUUUAUAAGCCAGGGACUUCAGAUGUUGAAAUAGUUAGUUGUUCUUUGUAGUAUCUUUGAUUUCUUCCCAA